ACCCAAAGACUAUCAUCGUCCUGAUGGACUGGAGGCGAAAUCGUCUUUCCCUUUCCCUUCCGGACCCUUCGCGUCCGAAUGAUGUAUGAUCACGAAUGAAAGUGGAUUUCGACAGACUCGGCCAGUGUAUAUGGAUCGAGCAUAUCCGUGCCUUUGGCAGACUAUUAUUCACGCCGCUUGAGUUGCAAUAAAUAAAUUUUAGUAAAGUUCAGCGAUCAUGAUGCAUGAUGGUUGUUUGUGCCUAUUGAAUCCUAAAGCCUUCGACUUGCUUUUACUACUAAGAAGAGCGGGGCCUACCACCAUACAAGCCGUUCCUUUGAAAAUGCCUGUUGUCAACUCGUCUUCUGGCUCUACUUUCAAGGCGUCCAGAAAGAAAACAAGACUCAAGACCGUGAAACUCGACGCGUCCUUAGACUCUGAGCCUCCGAACAAGAAACUGAGAACUUCUGCAAAGCCACCCGUGUUUGAUCUGAUAGGGUCUGUACCUCAGCCGCAAUCACAAGGGCCGCCGGUGUCAUCGCAACUACCCUCACUUCUGCAGCCGCAGACCCAAAGGAAGGACCCGAAGGGGAAGGGAAAGACGAUUUCGUCUCCAGUCUAUCAGGACGAUGAUAGGCUUUGGGUGGACAAGUAUGAGCCAACGAUCGAGGCCGAUUUAGCAGUGCACAAGCGCAAGGUCGAGGACGUGCGGCGAUGGAUCUCGGAGGCCUUUGAAGGAGGGCCGACUGGGAAGCUUCGAAAAUAUCGCCGGAUUCUGGUCCUCUCUGGGCCUGCUGGUACUGCAAAGACCACCACACUACGUGUGUUAGCUCGAGAGAUGGGUUUCGAAAUCGUCGAAUGGCGCAACAGCAUGAGCGAACGCGCCCCGAGUGCUUUUAUCGACGAUUCCAAGGACCUUGGCGAUGACUCUUGGAUGAAUACGGAAGCAUUGUUCGACAAAUUUCAGGCAUUCCUCACAAGAGCUUCCUCAUGUUGUAAUAUUUUCGCAGCAAAUUCUACAGUCCCGUCAACGCAGUCAAAAUCUCACAGCCAAUCCAAAUCCCCAUCACAACCAUCCACGCCAUUUAUACCCUCCACUUCCUCGAGCCAGCCUUCUAACCGCCACUUGAUCCUUCUGGAGGAUCUGCCUAAUAUUCUGCACCUUCCUACGCAAGCGCGAUUUCACGAUGCUUUGGGGUCGCUCUGCAGCUCUUCUGAGUCCGGGCCCCCGGUUGUGAUCAUCAUAUCCGACUCAGGUCUCCGCGGCGAGAAUGCUUAUAAUGAUGAUGCGUGGGAUGGCGCGGGCGGUGCGCGCUGGUCCAAGAAAGAGACUAUAGACAUAAGAAAUCUUCUCGGAGCUGAUCUUUCCACCAGCCCAUAUGUCACGCGCAUCGCUUUCAACCCUAUUGCACCGACGCUAAUGACCAAGGCCCUGCAAGCAAUGCUCACCACCCAUUUUGCGUCUACUUCUGGAAAGCUACCAGCCAAAGAUGUUGUCGAAAUGAUCGUUGAGUCAUCGAAUGGGGAUAUCAGGAGUGCGGUGAUGGCGCUGGAGUUUGCAUGUGUAGUAACGUUGACCAAGGGCGGUGGGAAGGGAAAGACCCGACGGAAUACGGCUGGAAGUGGGGGUGCACGGGCUGUACUAGAGGCUGUUACGCGAAGAGAGCAGAGUCUAGUGCUAUUUCAUCUGAUGGGAAAGAUAUUAUAUAACAAACGCAAGGGAGACCCUCCUGCUACACAUCUCUCCGCCAGAGAUGCUGCAAAGGAGCGUGAGUUGGACGGAACGCUCCUAGACCCGUCACCUCUGCCAAACUGGCUUUCGGAACAUGAUCGGAAGGCGAGUCGAGUCUGCCUAGAGACGAUUGCAUCGGAUUCGCCCAUUGACUCGUCACUCCUGGGAUUGUACAUCCACCAAAAUUAUACUAUGUUUUGUACGGAUGUUGAUCAAUGUGAUGGGGUCUGUGAGGGGCUUAGUUGGGUUGACUGUGUCGGUGGUUACCUCCCGUCCACCACCCCACACGCCUUUCCAACACUUGUAUUGUCCACGCUUCAUGCUCUCCCGACACCGGUUCCACGAAAAGGACAGAAAGUGUGCAAGCCCUCAUGGUUUGAUGUGCGUAACAAGGAGCAGGAUGCAAUGGAAGGCGUAGGCGAUGUCACGACCUGGUUGGGACACGGAGGGGCAAGCGAUGAGCAUACAUCGGGAAAAUGGACCCAUGCUGACGUUGCGGUUGAGCUAGGUGGCUGGUUGCGCGCGGUUGAUCGCACUGGUAUUCCUCAACUGCAGGUGCCGCGAACACACAGACUUUUUUCGUGCCUUCCGUGGGGUGCAGGAGGUGUUGGUGGGGAUGUCCUCGGAGAAGAUGAGUAUGGGGAGGCAGAUAACGUUGAUGACGAGGGUGAUAUCAGGGUUUUGGGAGCUUUGAGAGAUGAAAAGGAAGGAAAGGACUGGUGGUUGGAGAGCGAUGAUAUAGAAGAGGCAGAAAUGGAGGCUUAGAUUUGAGCAUAAUGAUCUAAUCUUGGCUGCCUUCACCGUGGAUAUCAAUGAAUCAUUACCAAACGCAUAUACUGAAGCUUACUACUAGUA